AAUCUGAGAAACCCAAGCUUCAGUUCUACGACGUCGUCGCUCCCGGAAUUCUCUCUCAAACUCCGUCUCCGGCUGGCCGGCUCCCCCGACUCGCCGCUCACACACUUAGCUUUGUGCUGUUAUGUCACAAGCUGCUGAAGAUGUGGAUGGUUUGAGUAAACGCCGAAAAUUGGGGCCAGACUACUUUGGGUACUAUACACAUGAAGUGGUAGAGUUGUUGUCACGAAAUGAAGAUGCUUCACCUUUUGCUUCCAAAUCCUCAGACGUAUCUCAAAGCAGACGUGUGGAGGUCAUAGGCGAGGACAGGAUUGAGAAUGGUGAUGGUGUGUCUGGUUCGUUGUUUAGUAACAGCCUAGGGAAUGAGCUCUCAGAAUUCACAAAAGAAAGAUUGGAGUUGUUGCUCAGGCAGGGAGUCAAAGUUCUUGCACCAGAAGUUGAUGAGAUGAUAGAACCUGUUGUAGGUAUGAGCCGGUUAAAAUCACGGCUAGAGAGCAGAAAGUGUUUAUCAAGAGGUGCAUCAUCUUCAUGCUCUUCAAGCAAAGAGGUCGAUGAUGAAUGGCAGUCCCUUAUACAGAGCAACAGCUUGCAGGUUGAGGAGGCAGUAAAAAAAUAUUCUGAUCAAUAUUAUUCAGAACUAGGGCACAUGGAGCAGCAGCUUGAGAAAAUUCUUGAUACUGUGAUGUCCAAGUGCAGGCCAAUGACCAUUCAUGAGAAGCACAAGCUUGGAAACCUGAUUCAGAAGUUACCACCAGAAAAUCUUGAUCGUGUUAUGGAAAUUAUCCAAAAUAGCAAUCCAGCUCAUACGAGUUCCUCAGAUGAAGUUCACGUGGAUCUUGAAAAGGAGUCAAACGUAACACUUUGGAGAUUGUUUAAUUACGUAAAAGCAGUUGAGAAAGCUAGAAAAGCAGUUGAGAAUGCUGAAGAGCUCGCCAAGUAGGUAAAUGUCAAAAGCUGUAGCAGGCCUAUAUGAAGAUAUCAGUCAUCAGGCUAUUUCUCUCGCUUCUUCCCCAAGGCUGUAAGGUUUUGAUGGUUACUCUUUCCGGUUUUGAUGCCCAGUAUUUUUGGGAGACGUGGGUACUUAACAGAAGGUGCUGAUGGUUGUACCUGCUGAUGGUUGUACCUUUUGACUAUAGGAUUUUGGGUAGAUCUAACCCCAGUGGGUUUGAUGGUUUUGACCUUGAUGGCCCAGGAGUGCAUUAUUUUUGGAGCACCUAACUUCACAUGAAUGCAGGAAGAGUAGAUGACUUUUUUUCUUUUGCUCUGCAAAGCGUAGUUUGUAACCAUACUGGUAAUUGCAAUGGACGGAUUAAAUACAACGAGACUUGUGAUAUACCGCUGUUGAGAUGUAGAGGAUACAUAAGGUAGAAUAGCCUAUCUAUAAAAAACAUAAAAAUUCCCUAAAAGUAAAAUUUUCUUGU